AUGACGUCGUCCACACUGAGAGUUGGCUGGUAUGGCCUCGGAUCGAUGGGGUUAGGAAUGUCCGUCAAUCUCCAAAAACAUCUUCAGAGCAACAAUUUGUCCCCACUUCGUUACAGCAAUCGCAGUUUGUCAAAGGGUGAUCUUCUUCGCGGUGAAGGUGCCAUACCUGAAGAUAAUUUUGAAGGUCUCGUCCGAAAUUCGGAUAUAAUUUUUACUAUGAUCUCCACUGACGCUGUCCUCAUUGAACUAUUUAAUAAGGCCCUGGUCACGGGCAAUUCAUUGAAAAGCAAAACUUUUGUAGACACUUCUACUAUUCAUCCAGACACGUCAAAAUGGGCCACCUUGCGCCUCGGUGAAUACGGGGCAGCAUUCAUAGCUGCUCCAGUGUUUGGUGCUAGCUCCAUGGCAGCCGUUGGGAAGCUGAUCUUCGCGGUAGCCGGACCUACUGGGGCGGUUGAGGCAAUCAAACCUUUUAUCAUGGCCAUGGGACGCAGCGUCAUUGAUAUGGGGGAAGAUGUGCAAAAGUCCAGCCUUCUAAAAAUAUCAGGGAAUGUCCUCGUUAUCAGCUUCAUGGAAGUGAUUGCCGAAGCACAAGUAUUUGCCGAAGUGACAGGGAUCGGCAAUCAACAGUUGGAGAAAUUUAUUGGCAAUAUGUUUGGUCCCGUGCUCGAAAGUUACUCAAAACGCAUUACUACUGGCGCGUAUGCACCGCCGCUGGACACGUCUCCUGGGUUUGCAGCAGCCCUUGCAAGCAAAGACAUGAAGCACGCUCUCUCCAUCGCUGCCAGUCAUUCAGCUCGUCUUCCAACGCUCGAAACUGCAUCAAAUCGUCUUACUUCAGCGCGAGAAUAUGCUGGUGAGUGUUUGGAUAGUUCAGCCAUUUAUGGAACAGCGCGAAUGGAAGUGGGUCUAUCUUUCUGGAGCAAAAACAGUCGCCAGGGAAACUGA